CGCUGUAGGCUCUAGCCCACACGUGUGUAAAAAUGCCGAAGCAGCGGAGUUCGCGUGGCUCGGCUCCACGACAUGUGGCCUUGGCGGAACAGAUCCUGCAGGAUGGGGCGGUCAGGUCCACCACCCGAGGAAAACGGAGAGGACAAGGGGCCGAGGAGUCGCAAGAUGACAGCUACGUGGAUGAGAAGUUGUCGCGGAAGAUCCUGGAGCAGGCCCGGAUCCAGCAGGAAGAACUGGAGGCUGAACAUGGUGCUGGCAGCCUGGCGCCCAAGCAGAAGACGACCGUGCUAAGUUACAAGAGCAAAAGCCAUGAUUCGGAUUCUGAGGAUGAAGAGUGGCCUACUCUGGAGAAGGCGGCUGCAAUGGAGGCAGGACACUAUAGUGAAGACGUGGAGGUGAAUCCUGAGGAUGAGAAAGCUAUUGAGAUAUUCAUGAAUAAAAAUCCACCACUAAGGCGAACACUUGCUGACAUAAUCAUGGAAAAAAUCACAGAGAAGCAAACAGAAGUAGAGUCAGUGAUGUCAGAGGUUUCUGGAAGACCAAUGCCACAGCUUGACCCCAGAGUGUUAGAAGUAUACAAAGGCGUAAAAGAAGUGUUAUCCACAUAUCGUAGUGGUAAGCUACCCAAAGCCUUCAAGAUUGUCCCAGCUUUAGCAAACUGGGAGCAGAUCCUGUACAUAACUGAACCUGAAUCUUGGACUGCUGCAGCAAUGUACCAAGCUACACGAAUCUUUUCUUCUAAUUUGACUGAACGUAUGGCACAGCGUUUUUACAACUUAGUUCUCCUUCCACGUGUGCGAGAUGACAUUGCGGAGUAUAAACGUCUCAAUUUCCACCUUUAUAUGGCUCUUAAAAAGGCUUUAUUCAAACCUGGUGCUUGGUUUAAAGGAAUCCUUAUACCUCUUUGUGAGUCUGGAACCUGUACUUUGAGAGAAGCUGUGAUCAUUGGAAGUAUCCUGACUAAAUGCUCUAUUCCAGUUCUUCACUCGAGUGCUGCUAUGCUGAAAAUUGCAGAAAUGGCAUAUAAUGGAGCAAACAGUAUCUUCCUGCGGCUUCUGAUAGAUAAGAAGUAUGCACUUCCAUUCCGGGUUCUUGAUGCACUUGUCUUCCACUUCUUGGUGUUCCGGACAGAUCAUAGAGAGCUCCCAGUACUUUGGCAUCAGAGUCUUCUUGCACUUUGCCAGCGAUAUAAGGAAGAUAUGUCCUCAGAGCAGAAGGAGUCCUUACUAGAACUAUUAAGAGUCCACAAUCAUCCACAGAUAUCUAAUGAAAUUCGUAGAGAGUUGGUUAAUUCUAAAUCUAGAGAUGUUGAGUAUGACACACCUAAGGACAUGGACUGAUCACUAAAGUACUGACAUCAUCUGGGAUGUAGCUUUCUUUGUGUGGUUUAAUCAAGUUUAUCUACAGUGCUAACUUGCUAAAGAUGUCAUAAGUAUCAGGAAACAGCAGAAGCUGCUUUAAGAAUCGCAGCAGGCCAAGUACUGGAACUUUUUUUUAAUUUGUCAACAAUGGCAUUGAUGUCACAUGGCUCAUUUG